AUGCUCAAAGAAAUCUGGAUUACACGUCAUGGUUACCGUGAAGAUUGGGUCACCCCUACACCUCAUUUACCCACUCAAUUGAGCCACGAUCCACCACUCUCAGAGCUCGGCCUUGCUCAAGCAGAAGAGUUGGGCGAGUUUCUUCAAGACAAGGGUAUUCAGCGCGUAUACAGCUCUCCUUUCUAUCGAGUUUUACAGACCGUGUCUCCCCUUAUUGCAAAGACUCAUGUCCCUCUUUAUAUUGACUUUAGUAUGAGCGAAUGGUAUGGCACAGCGUAUCCAGAGUACUUGCCACCUGCAUCUAUGGAGCUACUCAAAUCACAUUUCCCUGCCAUUGACACGACGCAUGAAUCGAGUAUUCCAUGUGUACAAGGUCCUGAAACUGUGGGAGAUUGUCACAUUCGUGUGGAUAAAGCGAUCAAGACAUUGGUAGCAAAGUUGGAUAACGAAGUGGAUGGGCCAACAAGUGUAUUAUUGGCGGGUCAUGCUGCAUCCGUAGUGGCCGCUGUUCGUUCAUUGGUGAAUGAUGUCAAGUAUCCCAUUAAGGCUGCUACAUGCAGUGUAUCCAAGCUGGUGCGAAACGAGGAUGGUAGCUGGAAUGUGGUGAUGAAUGCGGAAACGGGUCAUUUGAAGGAAGGAUCUCAAAGAGCAUGGACCUUUAGUGGAGAUGUACCAGACUAUGAAUUGAAUAAGAUAAAGUCUACUUAG